AUGUUGAAAGCUGCUGCACGGAAGACGAAAAUUGACCCAUUCCAAGCGCUUACCACCGCCGAUCUGCAAGAAGCAGAUUUGACACUGUGUCGUCUUGCCCAGAAACAGUGUUUUCCUGAGGAGUUAGCCACCCUAGCAUCGUCUGGUCGUCUUCCGUCUUCAUCGCAGUUGAAGUACAUCCGUACAAAACUAGAUUCAGAUGGAGUCAUUCGGAUUAGAGGAGUUCUGGCCAACGCAACCGUUCCGGAAGCUACGAAACAUCAAGUUGUUCUGCUCGCGAAACACCCGCUUUCAAACCUGUUGGCGAAGUAUUAUCAUGGGAAUUUACUUCACGCCGGCCCACAACUAAUGCUCGCCACGAUCCGUCAAAAGUACUGGAUCAUUGGUGGACGCAAUCUAGUGCGCCGCACAUUCCAUGAGUGCCACAAAUGUUUCCGAUACAGACCAAAGAUGAUCCAACAAAGCAUCGCAGAUUUGCCUACGUCUCGUGUUGCGCCUCGAAGACCGUUUGCCGUUUCUGGUGUAGACUAUUGCGGACCAGUUUACAUCAAGUCUCUCGUCCGAAACCGAGGCCCAACGAAAGCAUACGUUUGCAUCUUCGUUUGCUUUACCACACGUUCCGUUCACAUCGAGUUGGUGUCUGAUCUCUCCACGCCGGCCUUCAUCGCUGCUCUUCGCCGAUUUUCUGCCCGCCGAAACUUUCCCCACGAGAUCCACAGCGACAAUGGCACUGCGUUCCGAGGUGCAAACAACGAGUUGCAUAGAAUCUACCAGAUGCUGAAAACCAAACACGGAGGACGCAAGAACAUCCUGGAUUGGUGUGCAGAAUCUGGAGUUACGUGGCAUUUCAUACCACCUCGUUCGCCCCAUUUCGGAGGUCUAUGGGAAGCAGCAGUGAAAUCAGCGAAGCACCAUCUACUGAGGGAAAUCGGCCACUCCAACAUUUCGUACGAGGACAUGACGACGUUACUAGCCGAGGUGGAGAUGUGUUUGAACUCCAGACCCUUGAUCCCGAUGCCAACCGAAUCCGACGAAUUGGAAGCCCUGACACCUGGACAUUUCCUUGUCGGUGAAAGCCUGCGAUCUCCACCCGAAGAAGACGUGACAACUGUUCCGGACAAUCAACUGUCGCAUUGGAAGCUCACGCAGAAACGGUUCCAACGAAUCUGGCGUAGAUGGUACCCAGAAUAUCUGCAGCAGCUUCAAGCCCGAGCCACCAAGCACCGUACACCAUCAACUGUAAUCCAGCCCAACCAAAUGGUGAUCAUCCAAGACGAUCUACUUCCGCCAGCCCAAUGGCCACUAGGGAUCAUCACAGCCGUUCAUCCUGGGAAAGACGGCAUCGUACGAGUGGUCACCUUACGCACUGCGAAGCGAGAUGUCGUUUCCAGGUGUGUCAACAAACUUGCCCUGUUACCCGUACCAGAACAACCCAAAACCAAUCCAGCUGAUGAGCAGCCCGUUGGAGAACCGGUCACCGCAGUUCCUGAAACUAAUCAUGAGUAG